GCUCCUUAUCCAUUCAGUCGCGCCCCCGAUACCCGCCGCAAGCGCUGAUUCGUAUACUGCAAGCUUGCCUCUUCCUCUAGCAUAGGCUUUUCACGCCCCCACCAAAAUACGCUAUGAAGUCUAUUCGAGUCAACUCAGACUGGCCUCGCCUAAAUUUUGAAAGCAUGCUUUCCGGAAGCUGGAUGGAAGGGAGACUCCAAGGGAACGAUCGUCGUUAUCACAUUUAUGCCGACGACUGGGACGAAGAUGCACUUUCAAUUCUUCUCAGUGUACUACAUCUUCGUAACAGCUACAUACCCCGGUCAGCGCCUCUAGCCAUGCUUACAAAGAUCGUCGUACUAGCCGAAUACUACUGCUACUUAGAACCUGUAAAGCUUUUGACGGAUUUGUGGAUAAAGGAUAUCAAAGCACCACACCAGUCCCGGCAGACCCACAUCGAAGCAAUCGGCAACGUUAUCUCGCAACUACACGAUCUCCUCGAUGAAUAUUGUCAGAGGGACUAUCACUGUCCAAGCGGCAUCAACUCGUUCGAGAGUGGCUCUAUACUCUACGGCGCCCUUGCAAAGGGAAUGGAAUGGUCGGGUUUGCUAGCGCCGUAUCCAGUAGCACCAUUCUUCGGAAUGAGUUUUGGAGAGCUGUGCUCGAACGUCUACAACAUGAAGUCGCCAGUAUGGAGUAAUUCCGGAUACAAGCGAGAUUACAAACACCCAUGCAAUCUGAAGGAUAAGAUAGCGAAAAUCGUUGACGAGGCUAAUAACGAGGUCACCGGGCUAGAAUUGAGGGCUUUCGACCGUGAUCAAGUGGCACUCCUAAGUUCUGAGGGAUGCCCCAGCCUAUCGACCAACGAACCACCUUCCCACCAGAGAUCAGACAUGUGA